AUGCCAUAUACACGAGAGGAACUGGACCAAAUGAGAAUCGCCAUGGAAGGUGAAUCUGCUUGGGAUCGUAUGAAACGCAAGUCUAGAGAAGAACCCCUUGUCCCAGCAGGCGUGGCAUUGACUUGCUUUGCAUUGAUUGCUGCUACUGUGGGCGUCAAGACUGGUAACCGCGCUUAUGCAAACAACAUGUUCCGUCUUCGAGUUGCUGCUCAAGGUUUUACAGUGUUGGCCAUGGUGGGUGGCUCUCUCUAUUACACCUACAAGGAACAACAGCUCAAGGAUGCAGCCAAAAAGGAGUCGUCAUCGUAA